AUGCUACGGCGCCGUAUCACUCUGCCGGUACUCUCAACAGCACGGCUGCAGGCUGUGGGAGUCAGUCAGCGACAUGUGCAGCAGUCAAAGGGGAUACAGCAGUUCUCGUACCUCCCACCCGGCAUUCAUGCCCCGCGACUGCCGUGGUUUUGCGAGACAGCAGCGCCGCACCUGUCUACGGCAACGGUGGUGACACCCGACGCUUUACCAGUGUCCAUGACGACUGAGACGACGGAAUCAGAAGCAGUUACAGCAACGUCAGCGGUGCGAUUGCUCGCAGAACCCGCGGAGUUGGAUGCGAUUCUCGACGGCCGAACGGCGUCAAAACGGGUAGCCACGGAGGCGGCCCGCGUUAUAGUGGGGUUCAGCGGUGGCGUUGGUGGUGGGUGUGGUGGUGGCGGUGUGCUGCAGAGCUCUGCUGGACAUAGUGGUCCUAUGCGUGCUACGGCGGCGCGCCGAAUGUCAGUGCUUGCGGGACCCACAUUAGACACACGCAUCGGCGACAUUGUGAAGAUCGACGACUCCCUCGCUGCGGAGAUGUUACCAGAUGUGGUGCGUCUUCUCAUAGACCCUAAUGCGGAGGGAGUGGAGAAUGUCUCCCUUACAGAUUUUGUGGCAAUGCAGCCUAAGCGACAGCUCGUUGCACUCAGCGGUAAGAAGGUGUGGCACGAGUGGCUUAUUGAUAGCACACACUACAAGCAGGUAGCGCGGCUGGAGAUAGAGUCACCAUACUACGACAUGCGGGCACUGCAGCAGGCUGGCAUCACGACACUGUACCAGUGGGCAGAGCAGCCGGAACUGGUGAAAGUCUCUUCGUAUACUCGAAGCCUAUUGGACGCUGCUGUGGAAAAAAGCGUAGAGGCAUAUGUGGAUGAAGUGACGAAAGUAGUGAACACAAGCAAUCUGUAUGAGAACACAUUGGUGUUAUGGGCAGCAGAUAUAAUUGGAAAGUUUAUCCUGGAAAGACUAAACAUUACGGUGGAGCAGGCAGCAGCUGCAGCUACGCCUACCGCAUCUGCUUCCGCUGCAGCCGCAGGUGCGACUGCCGCAUCUGGCACGGCAUCAGCGAAAGAAAUGGUCGCAGAGCAGCCCGCGAUGGCUGCAAUGGAUGGUGACGCAUCGACCACAAGUUCGGGGCAAGUCUGCACCCUGGAGCAUUAUCACCGUCUCGCGAGGAAGGUGUUGGCGAGCGUGCGAAAGGAAUACAUGGCUCAGCGGCAGGCUGAUCAUGGCGCCAACGGAGUGGCCAAGGUGCCACUUGAUAGCCAAGCAGAAGCAGAGAUCCGCGAGAAGGCGUAUGCCACGCUUAGCGAUGCUUUGCUGAAGGUGUUGGAGGCGCAGACGCCAAACAUGCCGAAGGAGUUGCACCCGUUGCGCGACUACGGCUUUCUCGCGCUGGAGCGACUCCCUGGGCUCCUACGACAAGCGUCAUCGGUGCUACAACUUCAGAGUGUGCCGGUGCGUUAUUUUGUGUUUCAUAGCACUGGGGACCGUGAGGUGGAUGAAUGCGAGAAGUACGAUUCAGAUUUGUAUCCUUCUGUCGGCACUGACACGCCGGCGACGAACAACAAUGCGUCAAUGAGUGUGGCGGCGCCAACCCUGGCAAGCGGUGUGUUUCUAGCUGGCACGACAAACUACAACGUGACGCUCGGCGAGUGGCCCGGCUUCCCACAGCCGCCGCCGUCACCGUCGAUGGGGAUUUGGUCGCCUGACACCGUGCAGAAUGAGUACUUCUCCGUGCUGCACCGCCUGAAGCGGCACACCCUUCGCGUCGCACGCACCACCCUGUUUGACACCAUCAAGGGGGCAAGGGAGUACCGCAACGGCUUCAACGCGGCGGAGGCGCUGGGGCUGCAGCAGCUCUUCGGUACGGCGAAGCUCGUCGAGGACCGCCUGGGGUCGGUGCUGAACUGCUACUAUGACUCCGCCUCCUCUGCAAAGCCAUUGCACUUCAUUGAGGCGGGUCAUUCGUGCGGCAAGACAUCUGUGCUGGAGCGGCUCUCAAAACGCAUGGCGGAGGGCGGCAAGACAGCCGUUACGGUGCGGUACAGCGGCGCCGCAACGCCGUUCACGCCCGGACUCGAUGACCACCCACUCGCUCUGCCCGCACGUUUUUGGUUCCGUGUUGCACUCGCAUCGUGUCCGUACCUGGUGCGCACCGAAGAGCUCUUCACGCGCGCCCCAAAGUCUGUCAUGUGGUGGGCCAACCGCCGAAACUGGUCGUGGGAGCUGUACCAGAACCGCAUUCGUUUGCUUGGUCACCGCGACGGGGCGCCAUCGUCGCUCCACGCAAUUCUCGUAGAUGACUUUGACCGCGUACUGGAUGCCAUGGAGGGUCGGAUCAAUGCCGCUACGGUUGGGAGGUUGAAUGGUGCAUCGCACUUUCACUCGCUGCCGGCGUAUGCCACAGAAGCUGAAGCAGGGGAAGAGGCGAUGGACGCUGCAGAGGCAAGCCAAAACGUUAUGAAUAGGACUGAUAAGAAGAGAGGCAACAGCAACAACAACAGCAAUGGCAUCAACGUCAGCAACAACAAGAAGGGGGGAUACGCAGUAGGGGCAUCGUCGCUGACAGCGAUGAUGCACUUCAAGCAGCACGCACCUUGUCCGACGGAUACAGUAGAGGCUGCGUUAGCCAAAGUGACUGUCGCGGUGGGACAACUAGAUAUGGUUUUCACCGGUCAUCGCGUUAGCAAAACUCUUCUCGCCCACGCGGAUGCCCCUGUACGUCGCUACUUUAUACCGCUGGCAAAUGGCAUUGGGCUGCAGCAACGAAUGCGCGUGCUGCCUCUUGUAUCGGUAUUGUAUGCCCUACAUCAACGCUCGCGUCUUGAGUUCUCUGGACUCAUGUACGAGGUGCUCAAGAACUGCCCUGGACUUCUUGGCUACACGCUCGAGGUGUUCUGGUCGGGGCGUGCAGCAACGAUGGACCUCCGUGGUGGUGCUCCGCGACUGAUGCAGUGGAGCGGGACUCACCCGCUUCUGCGCAGCUACGUCCCGACAGAGCUCUUUGCAGAGCUGCCGCAGCGCAACUACCUGCUGCAGAACCUCCCUGAGGCGCGUCUGCGUCUUGUGGAGCUGCUUCAGCGACAGUUGAGCAGCCCAACAGGGUACCUUACGACGGGCGUAGACACAACGAUGCAGGACGAGCGGGAUGGGUUCAUUGUUCCCCACAGUCACACAACAAGUCAGGUGCACCCGUUCGCGCUCUUCACAAUCUUCACGCAGCAGGACCCAUUGGAGGCGCCGCAUGAGUCUACGGUGGUGCGUGCGUGGGGUGAGGUCUGGGCCGAGUACUGCGGCGUUGUAAAUACCAUGGGCACCACGAAUGAGCGGAAACGUGACGCGAUGCGAGUGUUGCUGCACGGUGCCCUGCUGUUGCGUGAUGUGGCGGUCUCGGGGGCGCAGAUGAAUCUAAAUCUAAAGAUCCCCCCGUACGGCUUCCCACUGCUCGCAUCGGCGACACGCACUAAGCAGAAGGGAUGCACAAAGCCAGUGGUGACAAAGGCGACACAAGAUAUUGUGCGCAAAGCGGUGGCGGCGUACAAGACAUUCUUCGCGCACAUGGAGCAGACCCACUUCCCGUUCCGCCCAAGUGUUGGGCUUAACGGAGGCUGUGACGUCGUCUCCUUUGCGGGGACAACGCUGGCACUGUAUGAUCUCGUCACGACACCCGAGGCGCUGCAAGACAUCAGCUAUCGCUUUGCAGAGGCACUUCUCGGUGUGCUGCACUGCCUAGAGAAGAAUGUUCUACCGCAAAACAAGAUUCGUCAGCUCCAUUACGUUAGUGUGGUUUCAAUUGAUCAAACAUCCUCAAUAGCACUGAGCGGUGGUGGCAGCAGCGGCAUUAAUAGUGGUAGUACCAGUAGUAGUAGUAGUGGCAACAGCGGUGCCGCUGUUGCAGGUGGUGCCGCUUCGCCUGUUGCUGCUGAAGACGUCUUUGCUGCGCCGCCUUCGCCUGUUGUGCCGUAUUUCCUCGACAUGAGCGCCGUCUUCGAGGACGACGUGAUUGACCGCUUGCGUGCGUUGCAGGAGACCCUCGGCAUCAGCAAGGAGUACCGCACGCUGAACGACCUACUCGAUGAACUCGAGAGCACGCACCGCGUGUACGUGCACCAGGACGUGGUUGCGUCGCAGGGGGAGCUGGAGUCGCUGCUCUCCACAACGCUCAUGCAGCUCGUGCCGGACGCGACGGUGCUGCGCGCGUACACGCCGGAGGUCGUCUCGCCCGACACACUGCUAAUGGAUCUGCUGGAGGACGACGAGGAGGAGGAGGGUUUCCGCGGCGCCGAGGUGGAGGAGAUGCGGCGGGACGUGGCGCUGACGCGGGAGGUGGCCACGACGGAGUCCUUUGCCGACGCUGAGCAUGUCCAGGAGUCGGCGGAGUUGCUGGAGGCACUGCUCAACGACGCCUUUGCCGACCCACAGCAGCAGCGUGAGGAGGAGAGGGCCACGAAUGACACGGCACACGCCGCCUUGCUCAACGACAUGGCAAUGGAGGAUGCCAUCAACAACAACAUACCGGUCACUGUUACCACAGCCACUAACCCCAACAACGGCAACAGCACACAGCAAGCGAUGCCGGUGACGCCGAUGACGGCCAACGAGGAUGCACUGGCAUGGCUGCAUGACAUUGUCACACCAUCAUCAUCAUCAGCAGCAGCAGGAGAUCAGCCUGGUGGAAAGGCCAGUGACGUAAUCGUCACAUCGACACUCUCCGGUGCACCACCGCGGCGGCAAGGCGGUGGUGGGGGACCCUAUGUGUCGCUGAGUAGCGAGGAUGACGUAGACAUGGAGGAUGCCGGAGAGGGAGAGAACGAAAAGCCAAAGGUGGAUGCUCAGAAAAAGGCCAGUACUAGCACUGGUGGUAGCAGCAGCAACCGACAACGGUUACGGCAGCAACAGUCAAAGUCGCAGCACAGCAAGCCGCGAAAAAAGAGCCCGCCGGUGGUGCCGGCAACGCGAAAGAAGGCUGCUGCUGCUGCUGUAGUUACGCAGGCGAGACACAGGAUGCCAGCAGGGGGUGGGAAGAAACGCAGCCAUAAGACCAGCGCGGCAACAGCUGCUUCUGUAGGUGGAAAGAAGAACAAAAAGAGAUAG